GGUGGAUCUGCGCGGACCGCAGCGGCUAGGAUGGUGCUGCCGCGGCUGUCGCUCCUGCUGCUUGUUCACCUCCUCCUGGCGCUGCCCGCGCCGCCAGGAGCCGCGGAGCUCACAGACGGGAACAGCGAACAUCUGAAACGGGAGCAUUCGCUGAUCAAGCCCUACCAGGGGGUUGGCUCCAGUUCAAUGCCUCUCUGGGAUUUUCAAGGGAGCACAAUGCUGACAAGCCAGUACAUUCGACUGACUCCUGAUGAACGGAGCAAGGAGGGUUCUAUUUGGAACCGAGUGCCCUGCUUCUUAAAAGAUUGGGAGCUCCAUGUCCAGUUCAAGAUCCAUGGAGCAGGAAAGAAAAAUCUACAUGGAGAUGGAUUUGCUCUGUGGUACACCCGGGAGCGCCUUACUCCAGGCCCUGUGUUUGGCAGCAAAGAUAACUUCCAUGGGAUGGCUAUUUUCCUGGACACAUACCCAAAUGAUGAGGCUACAGAGCGAGUAUUCCCCUACAUUUCUGCCAUGGUAAACAAUGGAUCCCUGACCUAUGAUCAUGGUAAAGAUGGCCGCUGGACAGAGUUGGCAGGCUGCACAGCUGAUCUUCGUAACCAAAAUCAUGACACGUUUUUGGCUGUACGCUAUUCUCGGGGCCGCUUGACAGUGAUGACUGAUGUGGAAGACAAAAAUGAAUGGAAAAACUGCUUUGAUGUUGCAGGAGUCCGGCUACCCACUGGCUACUUUUUUGGGGCUUCUGCUGGUACAGGAGAUCUGUCUGACAAUCAUGACAUCAUCUCAAUGAAGUUGUUCCAGCUGAUGGUGGACCAUCCACCAGAAGAAGAGAAUAUUGAUUGGACAAAGAUUGAACCCAGUACCAGCCUCCUCAAGUCACCCAAAGAUAACGUGGAUGAUCCAACAGGAAACUUCCGUAGUGGACCUUUGACAGGCUGGAAGGUGUUCCUAUUGCUACUCUGUGCUCUGCUUGGCAUCAUCGUGUGCGCUGUGGUGGGUGCUGUGGUCUUCCAGAAACGGCAGGAGCGGAACAAACGGUUUUACUAGUGGGAAGCUGGCCUACAUUCUGGGCACUUUGGAACAUUUUUUACAGGGGAGGGCGGGAGGGGGAAUUGUAUAGACUCUCGUUUCUAAAAAGGCUCUUUUCAGAGAAAUAUAUGGAUUAUUUUCAUAUCUUGUUUUGUUUUUUCCUGGCCACAUUAGCCAGACAACCUGUGGCAAACAAUCAAGAAUGGGAGCCCAUUUCCCUCCUCUUUUAGACUGCUGUUCAGAACAUCAGCCCCACUUUAAAA